AUGACAAGCACGGACGAGACCAGUACGAGUGUGACUGUGCACAUUAAAGGCCCUAGUGCCUUGAAGCUCUCUCUCUCUGUGUCCUUGGAUAUGACAGUAUUGCAAUUGAAGGAACGCAUUGAGCAGGAGAACAAGGACUUCCCUGCUGACAGUCAGCGAUUGAUUUACAGUGGUAAGGUUUUGAAGGACCCAGAAACGUUGGAGUCGUAUAAAUUGAAGGAUGGGCAUACGAUUCAUAUGGUGCGGGCUGCCACACGAUCGCAGAAUGGUACUUCCUCGUCUACGCCUGCGCCUAAAGCAUCCGCUACACGGUCAGCUGAAUCGCAGGGCGUGCCAUCCAACUUCUCUGCGGGUCAGCAAUUUACCAACAACCCGUUGUCCGCCUUGAACCGAGCUGAUUAUGCUGGCCCGCAUAUGGCGAGUCUUCUCAACGACGCAGGUGGUAUGUUUGGUGAUUUCGGUGGUAUGAACCCUCGCGAUCCCAAUGUCAUGUUGGGUAUGAUGCAAAACCCUGAGUUCCUUCGUCAUAUGCGGGACAUGCUGGGCCGCCCUGAAGUAGUCGACCAGAUCAUUGCGUCCAACCCACAGAUGCAAGCGAUGGGCCCCCAUGUUCGUGAGAUGUUACAAUCCGAGCAUUUCCGUGACAUGAUCACAAACCCAGAAGCAAUUCAGCGUAUGGCACAGCUUUCACAGCUCCUAGGUGGCCCAGGCCUAGGUGGUGUUGGCGGUUCCACUGGCGGUUCGUCUUGGCCGCCUGCUGGCGCCUUUGGGCAAAACGAAACGAACCGAGCUAACGACGCUGCAGGCGCGGCGCAGCCCUCGCCCAACCCCAUGGCCAACUUGGCUCAGUUGCAGCAGUUGCUCGGCGGUUUUGGUGGAAACAUGGGUGCAGGUGCUGGUAUGGCGGGCAAUCCAUUCGCAGCUCUCGCUGGUUUGGGAUCAGGCGGCCCAGCGUCUUCUGCCCCUAGCGAUACACGCGCACCGGAAGAGCGUUACGCUGCGCAAUUGGAACAGCUGCAAAACAUGGGCUUCACUGAUGCGCGCGCCAAUCUCAGUGCCUUGCUCAUGAGUGGUGGCAGUGUGGAAGGCGCUGUAGCUAUUCUCCUCGACUGA